AACGCCUGCCCCAUUUUCCGUAAACACCCGAGCUGUUUUCGUCAUCUUCUCCGGAGUUUGCCGAUUCCGCCAUAUUCGCCAAGAGCUAAGACUGCGUUGUUGUGGUCGUGAAGGCCAAAUCGGCGAACGGCCCGAGGGGAAGUAAGCCGGCACCAUGCUGCGAUUUCCUUCGGUCUGCAGGUCUCUGGCGAGUGUAGCGCAGUCCACCAAGAAUAAUGUCCGGACAACAGCAACAGCUGCAAGUAACCUGCUUGAGGUGUUUGUGGAUGGCAAUCCAGUGAUGGUUGAACCCGGUACCACUGUGCUACAGGCCUGUGAAAAAGUGGGUGUGCAGAUUCCUCGCUUUUGUUACCAUGACCGCUUAUCUGUUGCUGGGAACUGCCGCAUGUGUCUUGUGGAAAUUGAAAAAGCUCCCAAGCCCGUGGCUGCUUGCGCGAUGCCUGUAAUGAAGGGAUGGAAUAUCCUGACAAACUCGGACAAAACUAGGAAAGCAAGGGAAGGUGUAAUGGAGUUCUUGCUAGCAAACCAUCCACUGGACUGUCCUAUUUGUGACCAGGGAGGGGAAUGUGAUCUGCAGGAUCAGUCAAUGAUGUUUGGAAGUGAUAGGAGUCGAUUUUUGGAGGGAAAGCGUGCUGUGGAGGACAAGAACAUUGGCCCUCUAGUGAAGACUAUUAUGACUCGCUGUAUACAGUGCACAAGAUGCAUACGGUUUGCAAGUGAAAUUGCUGGGGUGGAUGAUUUGGGAACUACUGGAAGAGGAAACGAAAUGCAAGUUGGCACUUACAUAGAGAAAAUGUUCAUGUCUGAGCUCUCCGGCAACGUCAUAGAUCUUUGUCCAGUCGGGGCAUUAACUUCCAAGCCAUAUGCGUUUACAUCACGUCCUUGGGAAACAAGGAAGACAGAAACUGUUGAUGUUCUGGAUGCUCUUGGUAGUAACAUUGUGGUUAGUACCAGAGGUGGAGAGGUAAUGAGAAUCCUACCUAAGAUGAAUGAGGAAAUCAAUGAGGAAUGGAUCUCUGACAAAACGAGAUUUGCUUAUGACGGUUUGAAACGCCAGAGACUGACCCAGCCGAUGGUUAGGGAUGAAAAUGGUCAGUUUAUUCAUGCAUCAUGGGAAGAUGCUCUUACCCGGGUGGCUGGUGUGCUGCAGAGUGUGCAGGGUGCAGAUGUUGCCGCCAUUGCUGGAGGACUAGUAGACGCAGAGGCACUUAUUGCCCUUAAAGACUUGCUGAACAGGGUGAAUUCAGACAACUUGUGCACAGAGGAAGUCUUCCCCAACUCCGGAGCAGGCACUGAUCUGCGUUCAAGUUAUCUGCUGAAUUCAAAGAUCUCCGGUGUCGAGGAAGCUGACCUCUUGCUGUUGAUCGGUACAAACCCUCGAUACGAAGCCCCUCUGUUUAAUACAAGGAUUCGCAAAAGCUGGCUUCACAAUGAGCUACAGGUGGCCGUGGUGGGAAGUGCCGUAGACUUGACUUACACCUAUGACCACUUGGGAGAAUCUCCUCAUAUACUCCGUGAUAUUGCAUCAGGAAAACACCCCUUUAGCAAGGUUUUGAGCCAAGCCAAGAAGCCCAUGGUGGUAGUUGGUAGCAGUGCUUUACAACGCAAAGAUGGGGCAGCUAUUCAUGCCGCUGUUUCAGCCAUCGCACAAAAUGCCAGGGUCAGCAGUGGAGUUGGUGAGGAUUGGAAAGUGCUCAAUAUCCUACACAGAGUUGCAAGUCAGGUUGCUGCUCUAGAUCUUGGAUACAAGCCUGGAGUAGAUGCCAUACGAAAGACCCCUCCAAAGGUCCUCUUCCUGCUUGGAGCUGACGCUGGCAGUAUUACACGCCAGGAUUUGCCAAAAGACUGCUUCAUCAUCUAUCAAGGUCAUCAUGGAGAUGUGGGAGCGCCCAUGGCAGAUGUGAUUUUUCCAGGAGCUGCCUACACAGAGAAAUCUGCUACCUAUGUAAAUACAGAAGGUAGAGCCCAACGGACAUUUGUGGCUGUGACUCCACCUGACCUAGCGAGAGAGGACUGGAGAAUUAUCCGUGCCCUUUCAGAGGUGGCAGGUAUGACCCUCCCCUAUGAUGAUAACAGUGGAGUUAAUAAAAGGUUAGAGGAAGUAUCGCCAAACCUGGUGCGAUAUGACGAGGUGGAAGAAGCAAAUUAUUUCAAGCAAGCAACAGAGUUAUCAAAGCUUGUUAACCAGCAGUUGCUUGCUGAUCCUCUGGUAGCCCCGCAGUUGACAAUUAAAGAUUUCUACAUGACCGAUCCCAUCACCAGGGCAUCACAGACGAUGGCUAAGUGUGUUAAAGCUGUAACUGAAGGAGCGCAAGCAGUAGAUGAACCAUCCAUUUGCUGAAGUGUUUUGCAAUCACAACUGUGGAGUAAGCCUUGUCUUCUGAUGGCUCUACAGCUUUCAAAAACUGAAGUGUUCUUGUGAGGCUCUGGGACCGUUACUGGAGCAGUGUAGGAUUCCAGCUUUGCAUCUGUGCUUGUUUUGAAAGCACCUGGAGACACACUAUAUAUCCAAAAUCAAAUGGCGUGUGUACAAACUACUUAUAAUCUUAUUAAAAGGGUUUAUUAAAUACA